AUGACGAUGUUAUGGUCAAAUCUUCUGGUGAUUGUAGCUGUUCUGGCCACUCCUUAUGUGACCGUCGGUGAAACAAGAACAAAACCGAAUUGGUUUGAUCCUGUUCUCUCAGCCGAUGCAUAUACUGGUCACAUUAAAGAAAAUGAACGCAUUGUUCAACUUCAACCACCUUUGCAUGCAUCCGAUGCUGACUCAAUCAACUCUCCAAAUGGAAAAAUUUGUGGUUACGAGUUAUCGCGACACAAUCAUGACGAUCAAAUGAAUGACAAAACAUCAAAUCUCCCUUUCGAUGUCGAUUUAAAUAAUGGACAUGCCGUCAUUCAACUGAAAUCCAACAUUGAAACUGUCGAUUGUGAGAUUAAACAAACCUAUCGUUUGUUCAUUCGUGCUUUUGAUUGUGCCAGUGGUAACCAACGGCGUUAUUCUGAAAGAUCCCCUGUCAUCAUAACUGUUGAUGAUGUUAAUGAGUAUCCUCCAGUAUUUACGCAUAAAAAUUAUCUAUUUAAAUUACAUCAAGAUCAAGUUUGUUCGUCAUGUCGUGUCGAAGCAACCGAUGAUGAUUGUCUCAAUAGUAAUCAUCGCGUUUGCGACUAUCAAAUCAAAACAGCUAAUGUGCCGUUUCGAAUUGAUUCCAACGGGUCGAUUUCAAUAUCAAAACCGUUAACUGGUGACAAGUACGAGUUCGAUGUGGUUGCAGUCGAUUGCUAUCCAUCAUCAUCAAACGCAAACGUGAAAUUAAUUAGUGAGCCAGCACGUGUGACGGUUAAAAUUAUUAAAUCAUGCAAGCCAAGAAUCACAGACGACAAUCCAAGCAAACUAACUAUUCGCUCCGAUCAUACGCAUAUAUUUGAUACGGUUCACGUUGAUACAUGCGAUGAAACAUGUGCAGUUGAAAAUAUCGUCAGUACAGUGACAUUGGACACUAAUGGAAUCGAUAGUGGAUGCGCUCUUGAACAAUGCACCCUUGACGAUCAUGAAUAUGUGUUCGUCCCGAAAGAUGUGGAUUCGGAUCGAGCACCGCAAUCAAUUUACAUGUCAUUUGAUGGUCUUAAUCAAGCAUCAAUUGUGCAAAAGACAGAGUUUUCCGGUCAGUUGAAGAAUACAUUCGCAAUCCGUAUGUGGAUGAAACAUUCGAAUAGCGAAAGUAAUGAAAAAGAACAUAUAUUUUGCAAGAGCGAUGAAAAAUUGAAAAAUCGUCAUCAUGCAGCCUUAUUAGUUCAAAGUGGCUAUUUGAAAUUAUUAAUACGCAAGGGACCCGUUUCAUCGAAUGACAAGAAUGUUUAUAGCUCCGAAUGGGUGUGGAAACUGUCCCAAUUAAACGACAGUCAAUGGCAUUCGUACAAAUUGUUUGUUGAUUAUCCAAAUACGGUCGAUUUGUAUGUUGAUAACCAAUUAUUUGUACCAGGGGAUGAUAAUUAUCGAGUUGUGCAUGAUUUUGCCUUGCCCAUUAUCGAACAAACGGGUGACACAGUCUUCUCUGUCGGCGCUUGUUGGCAUGGUCGAUUUGCCCGCAUGGCUCAAUAUUUCACCGGACAAUUAUCAGGCCUUGUCAUUCAACAAAAAGAAGAACUAUCACGUUCGAGUACUUGUGUUCAAAACUGUCAACAAUAUCUUGACAUGCCUGAUAUUCAAAAAGAAGCUGGCCUUGAAUUUGUCAGCAAUGUUAAUCGAUCUGUAUGGACAUUACGUGCCGAAUCGAGCGAAUCAAUGGAACAGUUAUUGAAACAUGUUGUUUAUCGCAAUACAUUUGAACCUAUUGGCCCAUCCGGUCAACGAAGCGUUUCGAUUGAAACGGCAGUCAAAUGUCUAGGUGAAAACUAUACAUACAAUUUGCCAACGUUCUCGCGGCGUUUAGCAAUUGAUGAACAAAUUCGUCCGACAAACAUUGAACUCAAAGGUGAUACAAAUCUUCAUCCAACGGAAGAGGCGCUCAAUCAAGGAAUCUAUUUAUUUCAACAUGUGUCCAUUUUUACCGAUGCGUUGAAGAAAGAUCAAGUAGAUAUCAGCGACUGCAGUAUAAACACAACGCCAGACUUAUCCAAUGGUGAACAUUUCAUUGUACCAGAUGAAAAUCUUGAAAUCAAUAACAUUCGAAAAGAUCUAACACAAACUGGUCUAGUCUUGUCAGGCUUCGGUUCCAUUGACACUUAUCAAUUUAUCUUGCAACAAACCGCGUUCAUAUCUAAAACGCCGGCGAAAUACGUCGAUCGAACGUUUUCCCUCGUGUGUAUCGGAGCUCAAGAACAAAUCACAACAAACGAAGUCCGUGUUCGAAUGCAUGUUGAAAAACAAACACAACCGGCGCCGCCACCCGCGGCAGUUCUCAAUAACAAACUCUACGUGGAUAAUGAUGAUAUGAAAGAGAAUCUCUUCGACAUCGAUAAUUCUUCGACGUCAAGCAUCCUCUCAACUGUUGUCAUUAUCAUUACCAAAGGCAAAGAUUCACAGUGGUGCCGUACUUUGCUCUUAUCAUUGAGUUUUUGUGUUACUCAAAUGUUUCUCCCACCAGCUCCGACUUGGCCUAUUGCCAUUGGUAUUUGUGUCUCGGUUAGCAUUGCUAUGUCCAAUCCCGGCGAUGACAUGCAUUCUCAAAUGGAAUGGGAGGACGAUAUUGGCCUCAACAUCAUUGUUAAUCCAUUAGAGGAAACAAAGAAAUCCGUCCCACCAAUGAAUGUACAGAAUAUGGAUCAGAUUAUGGAUGAAUACGAAGGUACAAGUUCAGAAGAUGAUGAAGAAUGCGGUGAGCAUAGUCCAAAUGAAUAUUCAUCUGAGGAGGAUGAAGCGUACGAAAUCAACGAAAUCCAUGCGAAAAAACAUCAUCAUCAAUUAGAAUGGGAUGACGAAGCGAUGGAAUACGGGCCAAAAAAAGUUUAA